UGAUGCAUCUGUAGAGGAGAGAAGAGACAAAGACAAAAUGGGUGAACUUAACAAAGAAUCGGUGGAGAAGUACUUGGAGAACAACCCCCAGUUUGCCAAGGAGUACUUUGAUAAAAAGCUACGGGCAGAGGUACUUGGGGCAGCUUUUUCGGAUACCAAAGUAAAUGUGAAAGAUGUGGCUUCAAUCAAGGAAAUUACCCAAAUACAUGAGGCAACUUUUAUAUUUGAACUGCUGAAAGCAAUCCAGGAUGUAUCUAAUGUGGAAAAGACCAUGCACAAUGUUCUGCAAAGAAUAGCCCUUCUAGUGAAAGCAGACAAGUGUAGCUUGUUUAUGAGCAGGUCCAGGAACGGUAUUCCUGAGCUAUCCACAACACUCUUCAAUGUUACUGCAACAUCUAGCUUUGAGGAAAAUAUUGUUUCUCCUGACUCAGAGAUAGUUUUCCCCUUGGAUGUGGGCAUUGUUGGGUGGGUGGCUCACACAAAGAAGACAUUCAAUAUACCAGAUGUUAAAAAGAACACCCAUUUCAGUGAUUUUGUGGACAAGCAGACAGGAUACACCACUAAAAACAUGCUGGCUUGUCCAGUAAUGAAUGGGAAGGAAGUGCUGGCAGUCGUCAUGGCAAUAAACAAAACUGAUGAACCAGAGUUCUCAAAAGCAGAUGAAGAGCUCUUUCUCAAGUACCUUAACUUUGCAACUGUCAUUUUACAACAAAACCAGAUUUCCUACAUGUACAAUGUGGAAUCCAGAAGGAGUCAGGUGUUGCUGUGGUCAGCUAGCAAAGUAUUUGAAGAGCUCACGGAUAUAGAACGCCAGUUUCACAAAGCUUUAUACACUGUGAGAAAUUAUCUAAACUGCGAAAGGUACUCUGUUGGACUCUUGGAUAUGACCAAAGAAAAGGAAUUCUACGAUGAGUGGCCAAUCAAACUAGGAGAAGCAGAGCCUUACAAAGGUCCAAAGACACCAGAUGGAAGAGAAGUCAACUUCUAUAAGAUCAUUGAUUACAUUUUGCACGGAACAGAAGAAAUCAAAGUCAUACCGACACCUCCUGCAGAUCACUGGUCCCUUCUUAGUGGUCUACCAACCUACGUAGCGGAAAAUGGAUUUAUCUGUAAUAUGAUGAAUGCAGCAGCAGAUGAUUUCUUCACAUUCCAGAAAGAGGCUUUUGAUGAGACAGGAUGGAAAAUUAAAAAUGUCCUGUCGCUUCCAAUUGUCAACAAAAAGGAAGAAAUCGUGGGAGUUGCCACAUUCUACAACAGAAAAGAUGGAAAACCCUUUGAUGAAUAUGAUGAACAGAUAACUGAAGCCCUCACUCAGUUUUUGGGAUGGUCUGUUUUAAACACAGACACCUAUGAUAAACUGAAUAAACUGGAAAACAGAAAGGACAUUGCACAAGAAAUGCUCAUGUAUCAAACCAAGUGUACAAAAUCGGAGCUUCAGUCCAUCCUGAACACACAGGAGAAAUUCAAUCAAGAGCCAGAAGACUGCGACUCAAAGGAACUUGUUAAGCUCUUGAAAUCAAACCUUCCUGAUCCCAAAGAAGUGGAGCUGCUGGAAUUCCACUUCAGCGACUUCCCUGUGUCAGAGUUCGAUCUGAUCAGAUGCGGAAUUCAGUGUUUCUUUGUACUAAAUGUAGUGGAAAAGUUCAAAGUACCUGCCGAAGUACUUACCCGCUGGAUGUACACUGUGAGGAAAGGUUAUCGGGACAUUACUUAUCACAACUGGAGACAUGGCUUCAAUGUAGGCCAGACCAUGUUCACUCUGUUACUGACGGGUAGACUGAAGAAAUACUAUUCAGAUCUUGAGGCCUUUGCAAUGGUAGCAGCUGCCUUUUGUCAUGAUAUCGACCACCGAGGGACCAACAAUUUAUACCAAAUGAAGUCUGCUUCACCACUGGCAAGGCUGCAUGGGUCUUCCAUCUUGGAAAGGCACCACCUUGAGUACAGCAAGACACUACUGGAAGAUGAGAGCCUCAACAUUUUCCAGAACCUUCAGAAGCGUCAGUUCGAUACUGUGAUACAUUUAUUUGAAGUGGCCAUCAUUGCGACGGAUCUGGCUCUGUACUUCAAAAAGAGGACCAUGUUCCAGAAAAUAGUCGAUGCCACGGAACAAAUGGCAACUGAAGAAGAGCAAAUCAAUUAUGUGUCAAACAAUCCCAUCAGGAAGGAAAUUGUGAUGGCUAUGAUGAUGACAGGCUGUGACUUAUCUGCCAUUACCAAGCCAUGGGAAGUACAGAGCAAGGUGGCCCUAAUGGUCGCAAAUGAAUUCUGGGAACAGGGAGACUUGGAAAGGACGGUCCUGGAACAGCAACCCAUUCCUAUGAUGGACAGGAACAAGUCUGAUGAACUGCCAAAGCUCCAAGUUGGCUUUAUCGAUUUUGUGUGUACUUUUGUAUACAAGGAAUUCUCAAGGUUCCACAAAGAAAUCACACCAAUGUUCACAGGACUUCAAAACAACAGGGUGGAGUGGAAGGCCCUGGCAGACGUGUAUGAAGAGAAGAUGAAAGCCAUUGAAGAGGAGAAGAAGAAACUGGAAGAAGCAAGCAAAAAAGUUGAAGGAGGAGGUGAAGUGAGCGAAGGGGGCAAGUCAAAGACAUGCACGAUAUUUUAGGAACGGACUGACAGGCCGUCUGGAUAUGAGAUUGCUUUUCAUGGCCGGAAGAAGCAGUGUGGGGACUUGGUUCCCGGAAGUUCUCUCUUUUCUUCUGUUCCACCUGCCGGAUCCCACUGGGCCAAAGGCCCAGGAAGCUGCAAGGGGCACUGCCAGACCAGAGAGGAGGGCCAGGUGUGAAACCUCAUUCACAGCAGAGCGCUAGUCUUUCCCUGGUAAUUAGUUGUACACGGUGAACAAGGGUAUAACUAAGGUGCAACUUUCUGAAGGACAACCUUAGGCUUUGGUACCUUAGAGUCAGCACUGAUGGCGGACUUUCCAUUUUAGUGGAGAAAUAACAACAGAUAGCUUAAUUGGUUAAAAAAUCUUUUUCAGUGGUUAAGAAAUUAAAACUAAAAAUGUUUGCUGCUGUCUGUAUAACACAAACAAUGACAUUACACGUACACCUUUUUCUGUUAAUGUAUUUAAAACGUUUCUGUUAAUGUUCAGUAUUUACAACACACUUUAAAAAAUCCCUUAUGUACACGGGCUCUGGUGAGUAGAUUUGGAUACACAGAAUUUUCUUUAUGUUUUUCUUUCUUUUUUACACCUUCAAUUUGGAUCAACAACGCUCAUUUAGAAAAAUUCCAUUUAAGGCACUUAACUUUGAUUUUUAUACUAAAUGGACAACUCUAUACAGUACUCUAUCGAGAACCUAAAUUGAUUAAAUGUAUUAAAAAAAUAGGAAUCAAUACUCGGAUACAAGCUUGACUAAGAAAUAAUGAACUCAAGGCAGCAGUGGGCAGCAUCCACAGUCUGUAUGUAAAAUGAACAUAUCUAAAGCACAGGAUUAAAUAAUAAUAAUAAAACUGGAUGUGGAUAACUUGAAGCUGAAUUAAUCAUUUUGGUGAAAAAAUAAGCAAAGAAAACUACCUGCGCUAUACUUUUUUGUGUAGGAAGCAUGUAAGUGUUACAGACUGCUGUCUUUCUAUUUUGAAGAAAGGUCUGCUAUGAUUCACAUUUAAUAUGACAGCAGGGGCCGGGCUGUCCUGCACUACAAACAGCAACCUUCACUCUGGUGUGAAUGAUAGUGGACCAGAAAAGAACUGGCUGGCUCCCGAGAUCUGCGAGCAAACGUAAUGUUAAAUCCUCUGAUCCCCUGUGUUUCCUUGUAUCUGAUAAGGGUAGAAUUCUUUUAGUUAGUCCAAAUAAGGUUACAGUAGAUGUUUAUUAUUUUUUGUGGCUUUAAGGCUACAUGGCUUUACUGUAUGCUAUUAAUCAGGCCUGACCAUCAUUCGUUUCAGUCUUCUUAACUGUGAUAUCUCUAUAUAUUGUACAAAGCCACUUGUUUCAGAGGUCAAACAGUGCAGGUAGCAAUGAGACUACCAAUGUCUUUUUCUUAAGAUGCAGUGUCUCAUGUUACCUGUUGCUUUUGAUAGUCUUUAUUCAUGGCAAGGUUUUACAGCAAAUAUUAGAGCCAACGUUUUUUUUGGUAAUUAGAUUGCAAAUGAUUCACAUCCAUCUGAAUCCAGUCUCAUGUUAAAUGUUACUAGCUUUUCACUGGAGGAAAUAAUUAAAGAGCAGUCAAAAUGAUCUGAGUGAGAAUUAAAUAUCUGAAUUGCACCAUUUUGAAUUGUUAAAUGUAGAGAUGACAUUGUUUAAGAAUGUUUCAUAAUAUUUCUAAUCACAGUAUCUGCAAGAUAUAGAAUAACUGCUUUGUUAUUUUCACAUGGCAUUUAAAUUAUAACCAGAAUAAACCAAACUGCUUUUAUUUUUUGGAAUACUUUUCAAGCAAGCUGUCCAAAUUAUUCUUUUACAGUAAACAUUUCCUGCUCAAACCCAAGUACAGCAGUCUCUCGACAGAGCUGUUUCGUCUAUAAUACAUGAUCAGUUACUUAAAUUCAGACUGACCUAGUCUGCACACUGAAAACAUUUGUUUUGUUAGUUCUGAAACAAUGACCACAUUGCUUUCAAAGAGGGUUUAAGAGAGUGACAAACGAUGCUUAUAAACUUGAGAUAGUACAUAUUUGUUAUAAACCAAAAGUCCUAUUUUAAAUACCAGUCUAUAAUGAAAUAUUAUUGAGGUUUUCAUUUACAUAACCUGAAACAUUGUAGUUUGCAAGUAACGUAGCAAGUAUAGUUCAUAAAUCAAAAGGUGUUUUAUUUUAUUUUAAGCCUUCUAUUAUAAUGCUUAAUAUAUUAAGUAUUUUAUUUAAAACAAUACUGACCAAAUAUGUAAUUUCAUGUUAUUGUAUCUCAAGUAUAUUAUUCAUUGUAUAGAGAAUGAUAGUCCGCAGGCAGUAUGUAAAGAAAUCGAAAGGAUACAAAUCACUGUAGUCCAGGCAGUCAGUGCCUGUGUAGUCAGUGGUAGCUUUAACUGCUGAUCUUACAUUUUUUAUUGCUACCUGAACUGCAUUAGCAUGAAAGGUGCAGAACCAGCAGGAAAGCCAAAUAGAAAUCUACUGAAAAUUUCUUACUGAUAAAUAUAAUAAUGAAUACUGUAAAAAUCAUAUUAGUUCAAUGAAAAUUUGAGCUUGCUAUAAAUCUACAAACCUUAAAGGAUGUCUGCACAACAUUGCAUGUGUGAAUGUAAGAAGAUUGAACUGGAUGGAAUCUGGAUGUAAGCCAAGCUUCAAGGGUUCCCAAAGAUUUAACCUUUAAAUAUCCUACUUAGGUAAAGCAGACUACCAAAGUCUACUUAUAUACAGUAUCUGCAUUGUGAAGGGCACCUUAAAACGCACAGCUGACUGGUGACUUUGUUUUAAAUUCAGUUACGUAUGGUCACUUCUAACAGUCUUCUAUUACAAGUGUUUGGAUUUCAAUAAAAGCAUCAUCAUCCAGCAUCAGUGCGGUUUGUAGAGUGCUCUCCUUCCCAAACGAUCUCAGAGCUCUUAACAUACAGGAUCAAGCCCCAGCAGGGUGACACAUGGCAGCCAUUGUGUGCCAGCAGACAGCAGACCGUAGAUUGAUAAAGAUACGUAUGUUUAGCCACCCCUGCUCAGUGAGAACCUCAGUUUAGCAGCUCAUCUGAAGAAAGGCACCUCCUACAGUCCCCUAGUGGAAGAGCACCACCUACUUGUCCACCAACACCAUGUACAACAGCAACCAGGUUUUCCUUAGAAGUCUCCAUCCCAGUACUGACCGGGCCCAGCCUUGCUUAGAUUGGCGUGUUCUAAGGAGAUCAGGCUGCAAUGUAUUAUCUGCGGAUGAAAUGAGAAAGAUGAAGGAAUAAAAACUGCAAGAGGAUGAUGCUGGAUUCAUCGCCCCGACUGAUUGCAUUAAAUUUCAUCCUAGGUUAAAAAAAAAGCCUGGUUUACAAUCCAAUUAAAGGAUCAAUAUGUAAAUCGAGGAUAAGAACAGUCAUAAACUCAUUCCUCUGCGUUGUGACACUCUUUGAGGCAACACUUUGAGUUACAGGCAAUGGCUGAGGAAGAGGGCAGCUAAAAAGAAAGAAGAAAACUAAGAGCAACAGUAAAUGCACUAACACGUUUUCAGUAAUGCUGUCCAGAAGGACUUACUGCGAUGGACUGAAAUACUCUUGCAAUCUUAUGUAACCCCCCUUGUCAUUGAACCUGCAGAUCACUGGGGAAGAACUUUAAUCCAAUUAGAGAGGCUUCGGGAAACUAAGAAGACAUUACUUGGGUUCUGUUUUGAGAGCUGCAGAUUUACUUUAGGCAGCACAAGAUAGACACCUUGGAUUUGGAUCCUAUUAAAGUAUAAUAAAAAUUAGUAUCCCUAAUCAAGUCAGCUUAACUCAGUCCAUCUUUCAGUCUACCUUUAGUGUAUUUAGGUGCUAACAUAUAUGUGUACAGAGUUACAAUGUAUGUAUGAUGAUGCGUUAUGAAGUACAGAAAGACGUUAGGUCAAUGUUCCAUGUCUAAACAAAAUGUUACAUGUUUGUGUCACAAGAUGUAAACUGAACACAAAUAAAGACACAAUUUGAA